GUCAGACUCAGCUGGAGCAGUAACCAUUGCAGCUUGUGCAACAAUACACCCAGCACUUUCAGAUGGACAAUAAUGACUGUGUUCGGAAGUCCAUGACAGAUUUCUGGAAGCAAUGCUCUACACCAUGUGCGUCCGUCGUUGAGAUGAUGUUGGACAUUGGUGCCGAGGAGCUUGCUGAGUUGGAACAGCCAGAGAUACUGUCCUAUCUACCGGACUUCGCUGGCAAGAGGGUGAUGGACCUUGGAGCGGGCAUUGGGCGCUUUACAUCUACCUUUGCCAUGUCAGCCUGCAGCGUGUUGGCCAUUGAUUUCAUGCAUGAGUUUCUCGAAAAAAAUAAAACUAUCAACAGUCACUACAAAAACAUCGAAUUCCAAUGUGGUGACGUCACUAAACUUCAAAGAGACAACAGAUGUGCCAAUCUUGUGUUCUCCAACUGGCUGUUAAUGUAUCUGUCGGACAAAGAGGUGCUGGAGCUGUUGCAGAAGGUGCUGGAGUGGCUAGAUGACGAUGGCUAUCUGUUCAUAAGAGAGUCCUGCCUGGUUCCAUCCGGUUUGUGUGCUGUUCAACGCUGUAGUCAGGAACAUUCCAACUAUACCCUCAAAUCAUGCAACUAUCGACGAAUGUUCAACCCAACUAACUACCGAAAUGCGAUGACAUACGAAGCUUUAUUCGCUUCUUCCGAUAUAUCAUGCGAUAUAGGCCAGUCAUAUGGAUUUCAAUGUGUGAUGUCUACUUCACUUGGCGCAUAUACUAAGCUAAAGGACAACAGGAACCAGAUAGUGUGGUUGUUGCAAAAAGUGAAGCGAAACAAGAGUAGAAAUACAACAUUCACAGAAAGCCUGGAGUUACAAGAAACCUAUGAAAACCAUGUGAUUCGAUGCCAGAAAGUGUUUGCCUGCACCAGUCUUGGAGUAGAAGCCCUUGGAACUACGGAGGUGAGUGUGGAUAUGCUUGACCUGAAUCCACACCACACCGUGUUAGACGUUGGAUGUGGUCUGGGUAGCAGAUCCCUCGACAUGGUAAAGAAAUACGGAUGCAAAGUUGUUGGAGUUGACAUGUCAAUCAUCAACAGACGCCAUGCAGAGGAAAACGCUAAGGAAAAUGCCAUGGGUCCUGAUCAAGUGAAAUUCGAGUUUGCUGAUUUAACCAAGAGAAACUACUCGACCGAGUCAUUUGAUGCAAUCUACAGCCGGGAUUCCAUAUGCGCAAUUGCCGACAAGCUGACCCUGUUUGGGAACGUCUAUAAAUGGCUGAAACCAGGCGGAAAGGUCUUGAUCUCAGACUAUUGCUGCAGCGCCGAGGAUCACUCCGAGGUCUUCAAGGAGUAUGUGAAGCUGAGAGGCUACACUCUGUACAGCCCCGCACAGUAUGCGAAGAGUCUUGAAAAAGCAGGAUUCGAAGACGUCAGAGUUGAGGACAAAACACAGACCUUCACAGAAACACUAACGACAGCGCUCAAUCAAACCUAUAAGCGCAGUGAUGAGUUCAUUGGGGACUUCUCCCAGAAAGACUUUGAUGACAUUGUCAGCGGCUGGAAGGACACUCUGCACCAGUGUGAGGAAGGGGAACAAAGAUGGGGUAUCUUCCAUGCCACAAAACCAAGAACUCCUUUAACAUGACAACACACUAUGUAGGUCUUACUUUACUGUCUUCAACUUUCUAGAUUCAAACAUGCUACAAUGUAAAAAGUAUAGUAUUUGAUUUUGCAAGAAAGUUGUAGACGGUUGGGCAGUUCGAUUUUUUAGUACCAAUUUACACCGUAAAAAUAUCAUGGUAUUUUAGGGCCGCUUUUGGAACUGUAACGGUUUCAUGUGGGUUGGUCAGGUGGCAUUACCAUUAAAUCAGUUAAGGUUGUUGAAUGGAGAUAGUCAUUGAGAGCAGGAGCGUUAGGAAUAGUUUAGGCCUUAUUAUUAAAUGAUUUUGAAAGUGAUGAAGAGGUAUAUUUCUAUAAUGUAGGAUUUUGGACUAAAUGGUUUAGUUAUCUACAUUUGCGUUCAAUU